UUGGCUGGAUUAGGGAUCAGAGUCUGACUGGGUCCCGGUUACAUUGGUGGUGCCAUUCGGGGGACAUUAGACCUUGCAAACCCUCUCCCUUGCAAGCACACACACACACAUACACUAAUCUGUCCUUAGGACCCAGGUUGUCCGUUUUAUCAUCCUCUAGUGGUCCCCAUCAUGUGUGAGACGGGCACGAUGGCCCCUGAACCGUCCAGCCCAAGCUACGAUGGGGAAUCUUCAGACACGUAUCUCCAGGUCGAUCGCUGGCAGAAACUGCGCACAGCUGUCCGGAGGCUGGAAUUCUGGGAGAACUUUGAUGCUGAACUUAUUGGGAGUGGCUUCUUCUCCCAGGUCUACAAGGUGACCCAAAGUUCGACCUGCAAGGUGAUGGUGGUGAAGAUCUACAAGAAUGAUGUGGACCAACUGGUCAUCCUGAGGGAGAUCAGCCUGUUGCAGAAGCUGUCCCAUCCCAACAUUGUCAGGUACCUCGGCAUCUGUGUAAGGGAUGAGAAGCUGUAUCCGAUCCUGGAGUAUGUAAAUGGCGGCUGCUUGGAAGAACUCUUGGCCAGACCGGAGGUGCCUCUGAGCUGGAAGGAGAAGGUAGCUCUGGCCUGUGACAUUACCAGGGGCAUGGUGUAUCUGCACUCCAAGAAUAUUUACCACCGGGACCUAAACUCCAAGAACUGCCUGAUCCGUGUUACACCUCGAGGCCGGGAGGCCCUGGUUACCGAUUUUGGCCUGGCCCGAGAAGUGGUAGAGAUGCCUGCCACAGACCCUGAGCGGAAGCUGUCCCUGGUGGGCUCGGCCUUCUGGAUGGCCCCCGAGAUGCUCCGGGGGGAGCCCUAUGACCGGAAGGUAGAUGUGUUCUCAUUUGGCAUUGUCCUUUGUGAGAUCCUUGGUCGGAUUCCUGCUGACCCUGAGGUUCUUCCCCGGACACAGGACUAUGGACUAGAUGUAGCUGCAUUCCAAGGGAUGGUCAGUGAGUGUCCCCCACAUAUCCUAGAUUUGGCUGCCAGCUGCUGCCGGUUGGAAGCUUUGAAGCGGCCAUCCUUCACUGAGCUCCUUGAAGAAUUGGAAGAGAUGGCUGAGAUACUGGACUCCCAAACAGCCAGUUAGCUUUUGGGGCGUGAACUUGGGUGCCUG